UCUGCUUGUGCCAUCCUCAAGUCAAGGAACAAAGUUAGUCGGGCCACGAGGGAGGGGCUCUUUGGCGGCGCGGCGCCCCCUCCCCGCCCGGCGCUGCUGCCCCCGAGGUUUCUUUCUCUCGAGCCCCGGACAAGAGGCAGCCGGGCUGUGCCGAGGCUCCCAGGGGAGCUCGACUGAAAAGUUCUCGGCUUCUUUUUCCGUGGAGGCUAGAGCUGUUUUAUGUAUGGAUUAGCUGCUACAUUUUGAUGGCCGUUUUGGGGCAAUCCUGUAUCAGGAAAUUGACCUUGAAGGAAGAUCUGAACGCAGAACCUGAAUACUCUGCCCAGGUCUUCCUCCUGGCCAUGGAAACCGUCACUGGAGCUAUGCAGACAAGGCAGAGUGGGCCUCUGAUUUCCCCCACUGCGGGGGCCACAUGCAGUCCCCCAUCAACAUUGAGACGGGGGCCGCCCUCUUCAGUCCCCAGCUGGAGCCCAUCCUGCUGCCUGACUACAGCCUGCCUCCCAGGGAGAUGCUCCGCCUCCAGAACAAUGGACACACAGUGGUCCUCGGCCUGCCCAGGAAUUUGACCCUCACCGGCGGGGGAUUCCUGCAGCCAUACCAGGCUGCCCAGCUGCACUUGCACUGGGGGUCUGCCCUGAAGCCCGGCUCUGAGCACACAGUGGAUGGGCACCGCUAUGCUGGGGAGAUUCAUGUGGUUUAUUACAGCUCCCACUUUGACACCAUCCAGGAGGCGCUGGUCAAGCCCGGAGGCUUGGCUGUGCUGGCUGCAUUUCUGCAGGUUGGGUCGGAGGAAAACGAGCCAUAUCAGCACAUCCUUGAACAUCUGAAUGAUGUCCAUGAUGAAGGAGAAGAAACCUGGAUUCCUGCCUUUGAUGUAGCCAAGCUCCUUCCUGACGACCUCAGUCGCUACUUCCGCUAUAAUGGCUCACUGACCACUCCACCUUGUUACCAGACGGUGAACUGGACGAUCUUUAACCAGACAAUUCAGCUGUCCCCAGAUCAGAUCUCUGUGCUGGAGGACACCCUUCAUGGAGAUGAGGACGAGCUGAUCCAGGACAACUUCCGCUUGCCUCAGAGUCUGCAGGGCCGGAGUGUCCUGGCCAGCUUCCCCAUGCUCCACAGCCCAGAAGGGGCUCAACCGCCUGGUGAGGGGGGAUCUCCAAGGGCCCCGGAUCCUUAUGGUCCUGCAGAGGAAGGCGGGGGCGACAGUGCAGGAUCUGCAGCAGGCAGAGGGCAGCCCCACACCCCAGAUGGUGCCUCAGGGAGAGACCCUGAACCAGCCUCUGGAGAAGGUGCUGACCAGCAGGUGGGCUCCUCCCUUCAGACAGGGGACGUGUUGGCCGCCAUAUUUGCAGCUCUCUUUGGCAUCACUGCUCUCGCCUUCUUCCUCUAUGUCCGGAAGCACCAGGCCCAGAACCGCAGACAGGAUUCUCAGCCCAUCAAGUCCAGCAUCAUCUACACAGCAGCCACCACGGAGGAGAAUGCAGCCUAGAAGGAAGCCCUGGCAGCGUCUCUCCCCCUGCCUCUCACGACUCCCUCUGCCACGUCUGAACACCCCCCUGCCCCCACCCCACAAGGAGGAGACACCCAGGCACCCAGCCCCACGGUGUGCCCACAGCCUUGGCCCUGGCACUUGCCCCCUUGACUGAGCAGAAGCGUGCAGGAAGGAGCCUCGGAGACCAGCACAGGGACCUCGGCAAGGACAAGGGCUCCUGGGGGAAGCAGUGGCAAGCCCCCUCUCCCUUUUCCCACAGUCCCGGCCAGCAGCGGCUGGAUCUGGCCCACCAGAGGGGGCUCUGCUCUGCUGGGUCAGGCCCAAGGCUUCUUGAGCCCAGCCUCCUGUUGCCCUCUGUGGCUACCCAAGGGCCUUGUGCAGGAUGUCCCUGGGGUGGGAGAGGGGGCUGCUCUCAGGAGUCCAGGUGCCUCUCCUUCCACGGGGAGCCCACAGCCAGCAUGUCUUGUGGCCACAGAGGGACCCCUCCUCCUGCCUGCCUUGGUCCAGUCCGCCUUUCAAGGCACUCAGGUGGCUUGCUGACACUGCGUCUAGUGGGAGCGAUGUCUAGCCUUGGAGAAGGAGCCCUUCCUGCUGUCCAUCCUGAAUAUGGCAAGAACUGUCUUCGUUCUGGUUGGUUCUGAAUGGGAGGAAGACUGGGACAGAGUGCUGGAUGAAACCCAUGUCUCCAUUCCCACCUUGCUAGGGAGGCAACUUGGGCCUGCUGCUCUGAGCCAUUGCAGGGCAGGGCCAGGUGGGCAUCUUGGCUGAUGAAGGGAUGCCCAGCCUGGGAGACGUUCUCCGGCCGACACACAGUAGAAGUGAGCGGCGCAGAGACAGGCGUCAGGAGGAGGCAGGCGCUAAAGAUUCUUCUGUGCACAAGAAGCGCCCCUGGAGUAUUUCAGCUGCAAGAGCAACAGGAGCAGCCCCCUCUCUUCCUCUCACACUCACAAUCUGAUUCACGACUUCAUUUCUGUUCCUUGAGGCACCUUUCUUUUUUCAUCCCGAAAACGUUUUUACUGGGAUAUACUGGCAAUGUUACAACCAGGAGAAAUAUGUACUGGGAGGAGAUGGAAGAGAAACGUAGCAUUUCCGCAUUUUCCUUUGGUCUCCUCUUCCUCUUCCCCUU